AUGCCUAUUGAGCCACCAACAUUCCCAAACACAGAUGUCCUCGUUGGUGUUCUUUCUCGAGACCACCCACCGACUGAAGAAUGCCCAUCCCAGAAGAAACCGCCUGAACGUCGACGGGGCGCCGACGUCUUCCUAAGUGCCACGACUAAAGCAGCGAACGACAUGGUGGAUUUCGUGUGGAAGGAUUCCCAGGGAAAGCUUGUUAAUCCUUCUCAUGUCCGAAUCACUGCCGGGAAAUACACCUCGGCCAUGUACCUGGCGAUUGAGCGUUACGACAACAGCCUGACAAAGGCAUAUGACGAACUUAACGACGCGCGCAUUAUCAACUAUGCUCGACUUGUUGUUUUAUUCUUUGCUAAAGAAGGUGGUGGCUACGGUACUGUCUACCCCCGUUGGUUUAAGCCCCCUACGCUUAAAGAGCCUGAAUUGGCACGCCCCCGAGCUCGAACGCUCGCCAAGCGAUGGGCUGAACUCCUCGACAUGAUAGAGGGUUGA